AUGUCAAGUCGGGCAAAUGGAUGCAACGAGGACGACAUUAUGGCGAGUAGGAAGGCUAUUCGUCGGAGAGUGCAGGCAGAUGCGGUGGAUCACAAGCAGACCGCCGCAGUAGCAGUGAGCGAAGCAUUACCAGCCUGGAACCUGGACCACCAGCCGGAAGAAGUGCAAGAGGCAUUGCUAGGUCUAGAAGUGCUAUGGAGGGAGAAAGACAAGCGAAUCAAACUCCUCCAACGACUAUCAAACCCCUGGCCUGAGGACCAACAGAGCGGAAUCCACAAAGACCGAGCCCCCGCACCUUCCUCCCCAUCACCACCAAAAUCCCACCUCCCCGAAUCCACCGCCGCCCCCAUCUCCCACCCCACCUUCCGCCACCUCCUCCUCACCUCCCCCAACGACAAAACCACCCGGCAAAUCCUGCGCGCCCAACUGCUCCGCUGUCGAACACCUUACGACAUAAAACUCAUCCUCGCCUUAUGCUUCACCCUCACGCCCCGCCUCAAAACCCACAUCGCCGCCCUCCACGAACCCCUCGUCCGCGCACUCUACCGCUGCCGCGCCCAGGUCCCCGAUACCGCCGUCCUGAGCUUAUUAAACGCCAUGCGGGCCCGCUACGCCGUGCACGAAGUCCCCUUUAACACGCAACUCCUCGCCUUGGGCCUCAAAUUCGCCGCUCGCACACGCAGUUUGGCGGAUAUGAAGAAGUACCUCCGUGCCUUGUCCAGGGAUAGGAGGGAUGUGACGAGUAAUGUCUUCCGGGCCACGAUAGCGAAAUUCUCGAUUGGACAUAGGGGAUUAGGCGAGAUUCGAAACGGACGCUGGAAACGGCACGAACUCCUCCAAGUCCUAACCGGUUUCCACGAUUGUGCUCAGUUACCCCCCAAACAACAAUUCCAUCUGGGGACGUUUUUGGAUAGGAGCGAUUGGCAGUACCUCCACGGCUGGAUCGCCGCGCUCGCACGAUGUAGAGAUGCGGAGGCGGUUUGGAGGGAAUGGCAGUUGUGGAAAUUGAGUGAGGGGCGGCGGAGACCGAAGGUUUUGAAUGUGCCCCAGAGGGUUGUGACGACGAGGAGUCGGGGGGAUUAUUGGUUCGUGGAGCAGAUGGCUUAUGCGGGCGGGGUGGGGUAUGCCUGGCGGAUUGUCGAAGAAAUUGACAUGGGGUUUGGGAGGAUGAAAGAACGUAUUAAAACUCGGCUGCUUGAGGGGUUGGAGUUUUGUCCUGCCGAAUACUUUUCUGUCCAUAGGGAUGCUAUUCGGGAGGCUUUACUCAGGAAAUGCGAAACCGACUUGUCUUUGAUUGAGAAGGCGAUGAGUGUUUCGUGGAUACCGACGGAUCUGGAUGAUGAGGCACAGGGGUAUCAUGUUCUAUUUGAAGAGCAGGAGGCUGUGUUGGAGCGGUUGGGGGAGGAAGGGUGGAAGGUUGAGGAGGAUUUUGGGUUUCCGUAUGAGGGGGAGGGGAUUGUACCGGUUAGGGAGAGGGGGUUGCAUGAUGCUGGUGUUGUUGAGGAGGGGGAGGGGGAGGGGUGA